GAGCGAUCACUUGACACCCGACGGCAGUUUUCAAUUCGACUGCUUCCGUCAUGGCGGCCGUGCUAAGCAACCGCGACCUGAUGGCGCUCGUGAGUCAGUUCCAGGACGGCGUGUAUGCCUCCAUCUCGCGCGCCGCGUCGCACCUCAACACAGUUCCCUUCUCGCCCAGCAUCUUGUGCCGUACAAAGAUCGCGGUCUCGGUCGCAACCCUUUGCCAGCUCGGCCAGGACGUGGCGCCCGUCCUCGACGAGCCGACCAAGCUCUUGGCCUGCCAACCGCACUUGCAUUUGCUGGUCGCCGCCUACGCGUGCUGCGUUGGCCACGCACCGACGCUCGCCGCCUAUGUCGCGCACGCCCAUCCCAGCGCCAAGCUGCGCGGGCGGCUCCUUGAUCUCGCCGCCGCCUGCAACCAUAUGUCGCUCGUGCAUCUGUUGCUGCAAGCACCAUGCUCGCCGAGUGACGGCCUCGUGCUAGCCGCCGACUAUGGCCAUCGCGCGCUCCUCCCGGAGCUUUUGCCCGUGUGCAUGUCGUCCGUGCCAACGGCGCUCGAGGCCGCGGCCGCGGCCGGCCACCUCGCUAUUGUGGGCUUCCUCCACACACACAGUCGACUUGAUCUGCGGGCGUCGCGCGCGCUGGACAAGGCCGCGAUGCACGGCCAUCUGGAAGUCGUGCGCUACUUGCAUGCCGACGGCUACAGCGCGACCAGUGCGGCCAUGGACCUCGCCGCGACGCACGGCCAUCUCCACAUCCUCUCGUACCUUCACGCGGUCCGCACCGAGCGCUGGUCUCGCAAAGCGCUCGACGGUGCGGCGGCGAACGGGCACCUGGGUGUCGUGCAGUUUCUACAUGCUCACCAGCAGCACGACGACGAUGAUCUUUGCUCGCCGACCGCACUCCGAGGGGCGAGUGCCAACGGACAUCUCGAGAUGGUGCGGUACCUAUACGCCUCGGCGUCGCCCGCAGCGAUCGCUGACGCCAUCGACUACGCAGCAGCCAACGGCCAUCGCGAGAUCGUCUCCUUUUUCUUGGCCCGCGACGGCGCAACCUUUAGCGCGGCCGCCAUCACUGAAGCCGCGCGCAACGGCCAUGGCGCUAUUCUGUCCAUGCUGCUAGAAUGCGCUCCGUCGCUUGUUUCGGAAGCCGCACUCGUCGCCGCCGCGGCCAAGGGCCAUGUCCAUGUCGUGCACGUGCUUUGGGCGGCCGCGCCACAACUACCCGUCGACAAGGCGUACGUGGCGGCGGUGACAGCCGGACAUGCAGUGCUCCACGCACUCUUCGCGCCACUCGUGUCCUCAUCCACCCUCGCGAUCGCGCUCGAGCGCGCGGCGACCAACGGACACCUCGCCCUCGUGGAGACGCUUCUGGCGGUCGUCGCCCGAUCGAGUCUGUCGGUAAAAGCGCUGGAUGCUGCCGCGGCCGGUGGUCAUGGGGCGGUCGUCGCUGCGUUGCAUGCGGCGGGGGCUCCGUGCUCGACGCAGGCACUCGACAGCGCGGCGCGCCAAGGCCAUCUGGAGGUCGCAGCGUUUCUGAUCCAACAUCGCACGGAAGGCGCGACGAUCGAAGCGUGGGACGGCGCGGCCCGGCGCGGGCACCUCGAGGUGCUCCAGCUUUUGCACCGCCAUGUCUUUGUCCGUGGCGGGUCCUUCAACGCGCUGCCAGACGCAGCGCGGCUCGGCCAAGCCAAGGUCGUCCGCUACUUGAUCGAGCACGAUGCGGCGCAUUGCGCCCUUGUCGCGGACGCGCUCGCCGCCGCCACCGCGCAUGAGCAUGAAGCGGUGGCCGCGUACCUUCGCCAAGUGAGCGUCAGUAGAAGCAUCCUACACAUUGACGAGUCUAGUAUUAGACAUUAAUGUCCACGCGAUUGUCC